GAGACUUACAGAAGUGGUUAUAGAUCUGGUUUAGCAACUGAAAGGUUGUUGGCUUAAAUCCCAGAAGAGGUGUUUGGAAAACUAUUACUCAUUCCCUGCACGUCCAAAGCAACACAGCUCAAAGCUGUGAGUCCUAACUGCAUCAGUCAAGUCUAAUAAGUCGAGUUAACUUUGGUUUAAUUUACAGAGUACAGAGCGCUGGAUCAGAGAGUUCAACCCAAGUGCAAUACUUUUAUCAGUCUCAAUACUUAUCCAAACACAUAAUGUAAAUAGCCCAAUAAAAGGUGACAGUAGGUAAGAGGUUGCUCUAAUUUCAAGUUUGACAAAGGUUACAGUAGCUCUGUGUUACCAGAGUUCAAGCUUGAAUGGUAUGCACUGCUGUGUAUUGUUAAUUGCUGGUAUUUAGAAAGUUAAGAACAGAGGAUCUUAAAAUAUCUCCGCCCAUGGCCCAAAUAAAUUUGUGUUUACUGGAGACACAUAUAAAACCAUGCAAUGUGCUGCAUUUGUCAUGACUCAACAAUUGCAACACAGACGGAUUAUUAUAGAAAUCACAGUUAUUCUUUUACAGAUUAUUUUUCACGGAUGUUAUUACGUCAUAUAUUCAGGUCUCGGGACAAUGUCCCUGAUGAAAUAUGUCCAAAAUCUAUUUAUGCUACAGAUAUGACAUUGCAGAUUGAUGAUAUAUUAAGAAAAGAUCCGAAAGACGUUCAAAAGUCGUGCUUUUUGUUCAACAAACUUAAACUCCUCCCCCUUUCCACUCUUCUCAUGGUUUAUUUAUUUGAAAGAAAACUCCACCCUGGACUCACACAAGGUCCAUCUCUUACGCAACAACUAGCCUAUAAAGGUCUGUACGCUGCAGACAAACAUACAGUCUUUAACUGUACAAUGGCUGUUUUUGAGGCACUUCUGCAGUUCCCCAGCAUGGGAACAUUACUGGGCGCUUUGCUUUUACUUCUGGUUGUAUAUCUGCUGUCAUCAGGAUCCAAACCUCAGAAAGAAGGUAAAGACCCACCAGGACCCAAACCACUACCACUGCUGGGAAACCUGCUGACGCUUGACCUCGAGAGACCCUUUGACACCCUUUGUGAGCUGUCUAAAACCUACGGAAACGUGUUCCAAGUGUUUUUGGGUCCCAAAAAAGUCGUGGUCUUAGCUGGGUACAAAACUGUUAAAGAAGCGCUUGUGAACUAUGCGGAUGAGUUUGGGGACCGAGAAAUUGGACCUAAUUUCAGAAUACUAAAUGAUGAACAUGGGAUCAUCUUCUCCAAUGGAGAGAACUGGAAAGAGAUGAGACGCUUUGCUCUCACUAACCUGCGAGACUUUGGGAUGGGCAAGAGAGGAAGUGAAGAGAAAAUCAUAGAGGAAAUUCAGUACCUGAAAGAAGAGUUUGAGAAGUUUGAAGGGAAACCCUUUGACACAACACAGCCUGUGAACUACGCUGUAUCAAACAUCAUCUCAGCUAUUGUGUAUGGCAGCAGAUUUGAAUACACUGAUCCUCGAUUCAAAGAAAUGGUCGAUAGGGCAAACGAGAACGUUCGGGUUGGUGGAUCGGCUUCUAUGAUGCUUUACAGCAUAUUUCCAUGGCUGGGCCCGUUCCUGAACAGCAAACGGAUUAUCGUAAGAAAUAUACUGAAUAAUAGAGCACAGAUAAACAAGUUAAUCAGUGGGCUACUGGAGACUCUGAAUCCACAGGACCGCAGAGGGUUCAUCGACUCCUUUCUCAUCCGCAAACAGAGCGACGAGACAUCACCUGUUUCAUUACUGGGCGCUUUUCUUUUGCUUCUGGUUGUAUAUCUGCUGUCAUCAGGGUCCAAACCUCAGAAAGAAGGUAAAGACCCACCAGGACCCAAACCACUACCACUGCUGGGAAACCUGCUGACGCUUGACCUCGAGAGACCCUUUGACACCCUUUGUGAGCUGUCCAAAACCCACGGAAAUGUGUUCCAAGUGUUUUUUGGUCCAAAAAAAGUUGUGAUCUUAGCUGGGUACAAAACAGUUAAAGAAGCACUUGUGAACUAUGCAGAUGAGUUUGGGGACCGAGACAUUACACCUGGUUUCAGAAUACUUAACGACGAACAUGGGAUCAUCUUCUCCAAUGGAGAGAACUGGAAAGAGAUGAGACGCUUUGCUCUCACUAACCUGCGAGACUUUGGGAUGGGCAAGAGAGGAAGUGAAGAGAAAAUCAUAGAGGAAAUUCAGUACCUGAAAGAAGAGUUUGAGAAGUUUGAAGGGAAACCCUUUGACACAACACAGCCUGUGAACUACGCUGUAUCAAACAUCAUCUCAGCUAUUGUGUAUGGCAGCAGAUUUGAAUACACUGAUUCACAAUUCAAAGAAAUGGUCGAUAGGGCAAACGAGAACGUUCGGGUUGCUGGAUCGGCUUCUAUGAUGCUUUACAGCAUAUUUCCAUGGUUGGGCCCGUUCCUGAACAGCAAACGGAUUAUCGUAAGAAAUAUACUGAAUAAUAGAGCACAGAUAAACAAGUUAAUCAGUGGGCUACUGGAGACUCUGAAUCCACAGGACCGCAGAGGGCUCAUCGACUCCUUUCUCAUCCGCAAACAGAGCGACGAGCAAUCAGGCAAGACGGACUCAUACUUCCAUCAGGAGAAUCUUAUAAUGACGGUGGUGAAUCUCUUUGUUGCUGGGACGGACACCACAGGAACAACUCUGCGCUGGGGUCUGAUGAUUAUGGCCAAAUACCCUCAUAUACAGGAUCGGGUUCAGGAGGAGAUUGAUAGGGUGAUCGGUGGACGUCAACCAAUGGUAGAAGACAGGAAGAAAUUACCGUAUACAGACGCUGUGAUCCAUGAAACCCAGAGACUGGCCAACAUAGUACCAAUGAACCUACCCCAUACGACCAGCUGUGAUGUUCACUUCAAUGGAUACUUCAUCAAGAAGGGCACCUCUGUCUUUCCUCUGCUGACGUCUGUAUUAAAGGAUGAAAGUGAAUGGGAGAAACCCCACAGCUUUUACCCAGAACACUUCCUUGAUGACAAAGGCCAGUUUGUUAAGAAAGACGCUUUCAUGCCCUUUUCUGCAGGACGCAGAGUGUGUGCCGGGGAGGGUUUGGCCAGGAUGGAGCUCUUCCUGUUCUUCGCCUCCCUCCUUCAGCACUUCCGCUUCACUCCUCCACCUGGAGUGUCUGGAGAUGAACUGGAUCUCAGAGGAAUUGUUGGAAUCACAUUGAAUCCGUCCCCACACAAACUAUGUGCUAUCAAACGGUCCUGAUGCAAGAAAAUAUCAUCAAUCCUUAGAAGAGUUACACUGAAUUACACAGCAUUAUCAGCUAUUCCUAAUAAGACACAUAGUCAUGCAGAACAGCUGGCUCUAGUUUUCUAGUAUCUAGUUUAUUUGCUA